UAUGUCCACGUUGCAAAACAAAGUCAACACAAAGUAUGACUUGUCAUUUGAGAACCCCAGAAAUUAAGACAAUUACGGGAGUGAUUAUAUCUAUCUAAAUACAGAUUAGGGAAGGACUUUGCACAGAGUCACUACAUGCAUAAUGAUCAAGGAAAAUGCAUGCAAGAAAAAGAAGAAAGUUACUGACCUGGUGUUCGGGGAUUAUGGUUUCUGUCUUGAUUUUGUAUUUCAUGAAAAAUGCAUAUACGUUUAUUGUGAAAAACUUGAAAGCCAGAUUGAAGCCAGGGGAAUUUGUGGUAGAUUUGGGUCAGUUUGAAGUGGAAAAGUUUUUGGCAGUGAGUGAACCAGGUGUAGAUCCUUUGCAAGUUAGGUAUGAUGGAAACCUCACUGCUCUUCACAGACAGCUACCAGAUACCAGGCCAGCAGUGUGUUUGUCAACAAAAGAAAGUGUUAUAUCUCUACAGACCAGUAUUAUCAUCUACUUCAACAAUCACUUGAGAAUAGAUCUACUGAAAACUAUUUACAGUAUUUUGCUUAGAAGUCCAGCAGAGAUGGUAGAGGAAAUCCUGCUUGUUGAUGACAACAGUGAAGAUGCAAAUACAGGUGAAAUGUUGUCAAGAAUUCCAAAAGUGAAGAUAAUUGGAAACCAGAAGCAAGAAGGUUUAAUUAGAUCCUACAAUCUUGCAGCAAGCAUGGCACAGGGGUCUGUGUUAACUUUUAUCAAAGCUGAGUGCGAGGUGAAUGUAGGAUGGCUUCAACCAGUUAUUGAUAGAUUAACUCAGUUUCCAACAGCAGUUGUUGCUCCUGUUCUUGACAAAAUUGAUGUAAAUGGAGAAUACUCUGCCUCGAUGAAUUCUGGAAGGGGAGGCUUUGACUGGAGUAUGAUUUUUAAAUGGGAAGACAACAGUAAUGGGAAAAAGCAAAGUAAUGGUAAAAUUGUGAGGUCACCAGUUUAUCCAGGUCAUGUAUUCAGUAUCAGAAGAGAAAGAUUUCUUCAGCUAGGAAAAUUUGAUCCUGAAUUAGAAUUGGAAGGUGGAGAAAAUUUUGAACUGUCAUUGAAGACAUGGUUGUGCAAUGGGGUUGUGGAGAUACUGAUGUGUAGUCGUGUAGGACAACAUAAUCUUGACAGUGAAAUACAUGGGAUACCCUUGGGAAAACAGAAUAUCUAUCUGAAGAAUAUCAAGCGUGUGACUGAGGUAUGGAUGGAUGAUUACAAGAGAUUCUUCUAUUAUACAAAACCUUCUGCAAGGAUGCUCAAUGUUGGCAGUGUAAUGGAGAGAAAAUCAUUGCGGAAAAAUUUGAAAUGCAGAAAUUUCAAGUGGUAUCUUGACAAUGUGUAUAAAGAACUCCGAUUACCUGUGACAGAUGAGAUUAUGUUCGGCAAUAUUCGUCAAGAUGAUCUCUGUGUGGAUAUUGAGAUUGGACAUGUUCCUGCAAUAGCCAAACUCAGUGAUUGUAAUCCUGACAAGGGGACACAGGAUUGGUCGUUCAAGAAGAAAGGGGAAAUAAGCAAUGGUGGCAUGUGUUUAACUGCAGACACGAUAGGAACACACGGCUAUGUGAUGAUACAUUUCUGUACAAAAGAAGACUCACAGAAAUGGAAGUAUCUGAAUGGACAGAUAUACAGAGAUGGAGCAAACCAGUGCCUGGACAGUCACAAAGCUGACGUAGGACUAGUGAUCUCCCAGUGUGAAGAAUUGUUCUCCAGUCAGAAGUGGAAAAUUGCAUCAAAAUCACAACAGUCCCGCAGCAAAGAUGAAGUUUGAAUGGUUAUUGAACUACAAAGACUUCCUGCUCUAAUAGAGAUAUUUUAUGUUCAUUUCAAGUGAUCUUAUAAAAAAUCAGGUUCCAAUUACUAAGAUGAAAUCAUAAUUAUGUCUCCCACCACACAGUGGUGUGGGAGACAUUGAUUUAUCCCAGUCAGUCUGUCUGUCACAAAUCUUGUCCGCACUCUAAGUCGAACAUUUCUCAUCCGAUCUUUACCAAACUUGAACAAAAUGUGUUUGGCCAUAAGUCCUCGGCCAAGUUCGAUAGCUAGCCAAAUCGGCCCAGGCACUGGAGUUAUGGCCCUUGAAUUACUGAAAAUCGGCCUUUUUACCCUUGUCCGCACUCUCAGUCGAACAUUUCUCAUCUGAUCUUCACCAAACUUGAACAAAAUGUGUUUGACUAAAAGUCCUAGGCCAAGUUCGAUAACUAGCCAAAUCGGCCAAGGCACUUCAGAAUUAUGGCCCUUGAAUUACCGAAAAUCGGCCUUUUUACUCUUGUCCGCGCUCUAAGUCAAAUAUUUCUCAUCCGAUCUUCACCAAACUUGAACAAAAUGUGUUUGACCAUAAGUCCUCGGCCAAGUUCGAUAAGCAGCCAAAUCGGCCCAGGCAUUUCAGAAUUAUGGCCUUUGAAUUACCAAAAAUAGGCCUUUUCUACUCUUGUCUGCGCUCUAAAUUGAACAUUUUUCAUCCGAUCUUCACCAAACUUGAACAAAAUUUUUGUGUUUGACCAUAAGUCCUCAGCCAAGUUCGAUAACUAGCCAAAUCGGCCCAGGCACUUCGAAAUUAUGGCUCUUGAAUUACCCCAAAUCAGCCUUUUUAGCUUGACUAUUCGAAGAAUAGGGGAGCUAUCCUACUCAUCCCAGCGUCGGCGUGAGCGUCACACAAAUGUUAAAGUUUGCGUACCACCCCAAAUAUUUUCAAAGUCCAUUGACAUAUUGCUUUCAUAUUUUGCAUACUUGUUUACCAUCAUGACCCCAGUCUGUAAAAGGAGGAGGCAACUCUAUCAAGCAUUUUGAAUGAAUUAUGGCCCCUUUUCGACUUAGGAUAAAUGUUAAAGUUUUGUGUACCACCCCAAAUAUUUUCAAAGUCCAUUGACAUAUUGCUUUCAUAUUUUGCAUAUUUGUUAACCAUCAAGACCCCAGUUUGUAAAAAGGAGGAGGCAACUCUAUCAAGCAUUUUGACUGAAUUAUGGCCCCUUUUCGACAGGAUAAAUGUUAAAGUUUGCGUACCACCCCAAAUAUUUUCAAAGUCCAUUGAGGUAUUGCUUUCUUAUUUUGCACACUUGUUUACCAUCAUGACCCCAGUCUGUAAAAAGGAGAAGGCAACUCUAUCAAGCAUUUUGACUGAAUUAUGGCCCCUUUUCGGCUUAGAAUAAAUGUUAAAGUUUGCGUACCACACCAAAUAUUUACAAAGUCCAUUAAGAUAUUGCUUUCAUAAUUUGCAUACUUGUUUACUAUCAUGACUCCAGUCUGUAAAAAAGAGGAGGCAACUCUAUCAAGCAUUUUGACUGAAUUAUGGCCCCUUUUCGACUUAGAAUAUGCUUAUUGUAAUGUUAAAGUUUUACUCAUUGCUUAUAUUAUACUAUCAAGCACUGAGAAUAGUCGAGCGCGCUGUCCACUGCCAGAUCUUGUUACUCUUCAAAGGUAUAUUUGUAGUGAGUAAACGGUAUAUAAAGACUGACUUACUAUUUAGAUGAUUAGGCAGUUGUGGGAGACAUGUGCUUUUCUCAAAAGCAGCUCUAGUUUCUAGGUAUAUUGCAAAAAGUAGAGGUAUUAAUAUCUAGACAAAUGUAAAGUUUCGAAGGAGAGGUGACAAGAAGCCAAUGUGGGCUUUUAUUUGAAAAUUAAAGAUUCCGUCAAACCUGUAUUUAGCAGCACAUCAAAAGAGCAACACAAUCUGGCUGCUUAACCUGCUGAAUUUAUAUAAUCAACUUGUCCAUCUUUGAAUUUGGACAGUACCAUUAACUGUUAAAAGCGGGGGUUACCAAAAAAGAUACUGACUGAAUGGCGAAUAGUGCAGAUUAUGAGACUGCAUGGAUGUGCAGGCUGAUCAUGAUCUGCACUAGUCGCAAAGGCAGAAUCAAUCAUGUUCAGCAUGAUAAGGGUUAAAAUAUUUGGUUGUUAAAGACAGGUUGAAAUUAGAGCAAAAAGCCAGUAUUUGAAGUAAGCUUAUUGACUGCUUGCUGCAAGUGGUUGCUAAAUAAAGGUGACUGCCAAGUCAGGUUCAACUGUACUUUGAGACAAGUUAAAUAUCACAACCAGUUCAUAGAACUUGAUAGUUCUACAGAGAAGCUAAUUAAAGGUCUCAGACAUAUUUAUUUUUGCUGCAGCUCAUGUUGUCCAUUUCUGAACUAGUUGUACAGCAGCUGUCUGCUCUAAGGUGAGAAUCUAGCACAUAUGUUAUGAAUGCACUUUAUAUCUGUUAAUUAAUAACUGUGUAUAAAGCUACUGUUUGAUCCAGCUUUUCUGUAUCCAAGCGUUUCCCAGAUUUCUCUUUAUAAAUAUGACAUUACUGUUGAUAUACAUCAUCUAAAGAAUUCCUUGAUGCUAGUAGGAACUUUACAGAUUUUCAGAGUAUCUGCAUCUGUUUCGAAUCUAUUGUCUACAAUUUUGAUGUAUUUUAAAUUUUAGGCAUUCUUUUUGCCACAAAACUUUUUUUGAAAAAUCUGUUUUGACUAUGUAAAUUGAUUGUUAUAUAACUUCCAGGAUGUCUUAGUUUUCAUUAUUGUGAUUUUGUCCAAAAAUGUUUGAAUGAGAAAAAUAAUUUUUUAUGCCCCCUCAAAAGAUUGGGAGUAUCUCAAAAAGCAUUUGACCUGGAGACGGAAAUGUUUUGAAAAUGUCCAGUUGGUGAAGUUGUGCAUUCAGCAGUGUAAUUUCUGAUUUACUCCAUCCCUGCCCUUUUCCCUGCUAACCUCCCCCCCACCCCCUCCCCCACCCCAACCUGACCCUUUUUAGCUCGACUAUUCCAAGAAUAAGUAGAGCUAUCCUGCUCACCACGGCAUCGGCGUCACACCUUGGUUAAGUUUUUCGUACCAGUCCACAUUUUGACAAAGUCUUUUGAGAUACAGCUUUGAAACUUUCAACACUUGUUUACCAUCACCAUGUCCAGUUACAGGCAAGAGUACAUAACUCCAACAAGGAUUUUGGCUGAAUUAUGGCCCUUUUUAUGUCCCCGAAGGGAG